AUGUCCAAUCAGCCAGCAGGAGAAAGUGAAACCGAAGACUCAGAAUGGAAGAAAAGCAGCGCUAGGUUCACCAGCAAGCGGCACAGCGAAUACUUCGACCCGUGUCAAGAAGCCGCAGAUCGAAGUUUGAAAUGUCUGAGAAGGAAUGCAGGGGAUCGGGCCAUGUGUGCGGACUACUUCGAUGCUUACAAGGCGUGCAAGAAACAAUGGAUGGCGGAGAUGGCGGAGCAGAAACGAAGAGAGGGCAAGGGUUGGUUUUCGUAA